AUGGCGAACUCCGGAUCCACGCCCGUGCCCGCUGCUGCCGCCGUCCCCGCCUCGCCUCUUGGGGCGGCCGGCCCGGAUGCGGCGCCGGGCGUGGGUCUGGUCGCUGGCCCGACCUCGGUGUCUUCUACACCUACGCCUGGUGGAAUCGACCUGGACACGCUCGACGGGUUGGAGCCUGCGCCUGUCGAGGCGCUCGCCUCUCCGGGCAUUUUGCCCGCCGAGGCUUUCUCGCCGGCUGGGGGCGAUGGGGCUGAGGUCGCCGAUCUAUGGGGCUUGGAGCUCGACGACAGCCCGGCUCCGACUGGUCCGCCCCCUCCGGCUGGCGGCAACGACCGGGGCACCCAGACGUACGAGGCCCACUUUAUCCGGUCCUUCGUCGCGGGCAUGUCGGUGCCUCGCCUGGCGGCCGCUAUCCGGGCUCUUUCGCCCGAGGAUGCCUCGAACCUUCGGGCGGCUUUGGUCGAGGCCGAUGCCACGCCCGACCUGGACACCGCCUCGGGCGAGGGCCCGCCGACUUUGUCCACGUCGGCGUCUUCGGCAUCCUUGGCGCCAGGGGCGGAACAGCCCACGACGGAUCCUGGGCCGUCACCGGAGGCGCGCGCCUUUUGGGAAGGGCUUGACCCAGCUCCCACCAGGACCCCGCCUCAGCCGGUCGCCGACCCGCCGCUCCCAGAGGCGGGCUGGGAUGCGCUCACGUCCUACCUGGCCGAGUUCGACUCCGCCGAAGGGGCGCCUCCGGCUUCACCGGCUCUGCCCAUCCGGGCGGCGGCAAAGCCCAAGACGGUGGCUAAGGCCCCUCCGCCACCAUUCCUGGAGCCGGACGCUACUUCGCCGCCAUCGCCUACGUCGGGCUAUCCCGGGCCACUUAACAUGGCGGCGCAACCACCGCCGGCGCCCGAGGCGGCCAGCAGCUCUACCGCCAGGGCCGUCUUGAAGGCACCGCCGGUGCUGGAGCCGGAGGCGCCGAGCUCAUCUACGACGCCGCCUCCGUCGAUGGCGUCUACCCUAGGGCCCACGCCGCCGGCGGCCGUGCCGAAGAAGGCCGCCCCGCCAGAGCUCCAGGACCAGGAGCCGGUAUAUCCACAUCGCCGGGAAUUUCUCCGGCGCCAGGCCUUCAUCCGACAGGAGCAGGCCGCCCGAAGCUAUGCGGGGCUUCGCCAGCUGCCGGACAAUGUGGACUACGACACCGCCCUGGCCUCUCAGAUCAGAGGGAGUUCGCCCCCCAGCGGCCGGCGUCCGCCCCCGGCCACGCAGGCGGAUCGGGCGUCGGGGCCCCCGCCAUCCAGCCCCUCGCCGGGUCCAGGCGGUGGAGGACACCCACCCUCGACCGGUGACGGGCCGCCCCACGCCGGCAUCGAGUCGCCGUGGCAGGACUACCUCAACGCCGAGGCGGCGGCUCAUGGGCCGCCGCUUCGUCCUCGGCGGUGCCGCCUCCGCCGAAGGCGUCCUUUCCCCCGCUGGAGAUGGGCGGCCAGGGGCGCCACGGCUUCGGAGCAUCGGACUCACAGACGGGGCUCGUCCGACCCUCGCCAGGCGGCCUGGGAUGACUUCAGGUACCCGCUCCACGAGCCGGGCGCCUCCAUGGCGGCGACGCCCUUGCCGAUGACCCUUCGCGGCUGGGCGGCAGACUCGUGGGAGUCGGCGCUCGCCCUGGAGCAGCAGCUCGCCUCGGGGGCGGAGGCCGCCUGCCACGCCGCCCGGACGGCCAUAACCGCUUCGUGGGAUGCCCAGGCCGCAGGUCGGGGCAUCUCGGCCGCUGUCCGCACCGCGCCCGGUGCCUGCGCCCGGUGUGCUAUCCGCCGUUGGGCGGGCGUCCACACGAGCACCACGAAUGCGACGCCUGCCCGCCCGAGCGCCCCGGCCUGCGGCCUUUGUGCCACUCGCCCUUUUGCGGGCUUAGAUCCUGACGCCUGGAGGCUGCCCAGGGAGAGGGGUCCGGGCGCCCGGCAUUUGAGUGUGUGCCUGACCUGGCCCCGGCCAGAGCAGAGGCCAUGGCUGAUAGGGCCGCCUGGAGGGCGGCGGGUUGCGGCUGGCCUGGCUGCCGCCAGUUCUUCCGGCUUUCGGCGCCGCCGCCAGGAUUUCAACGUCCGCACCAGCCUCGCCGGGGCGGUCUACCACAACGACAGGGUCAUACGCCUGGACACCCUGCCGGAGUUCACCGCCGUCGCCCGCGAUGAGGACGAGUUCCUGGCGGUGCGCCCGCAGCAUACCUUCGCAAACGGCUCCACCUACACCGGUGAUUGGCUCGGCACGGUGCUUAGCUGUGGCGCAGGUGAGAGACUCGUGAUUGAUGACCCGGUAUGGCCAGAUGGAGCGCGUUAUGACGGACAGUGGCAGCACGACAUGGCCAACGGAAUUGGACGGUUUGAGCAUUGCGACGGUGAUGCGGCUCGCUUCCACAAUGCUCAGUUCGACAUUUUGCAUGCGAGUGGCUCGACCUACAUUGGGCAGUGGCAGGACGACCGGCAGCAUGGCUACGGGAUCGAGACCUGGCCGGACGGCACCAGAUUCACGGGCACGUACGAGAACGGCUUGAAGUCCGGCCAGGGCUGCUUCACCUGGGCUGACAAAUCCUCUUACAGUGGCGACUUCAAGGACAAUGAGAUCAGUGGACAUGGCAAGCACCAGGAAUGCAAAUCUAUGCAAAGGUAUGUCUGGGGAGGCUUGGCAGCAAGACUUGACUCCGACAGCCAAGUUGAUGCCGCACUGUUCGUAGGAUCCUGGAAAGCAAGCUACAUGGAUGGAGCUGGCAGAUUCACUUGGCCGGACGGCAAGACCUUCGAAGGUUUCUACGCAAAGGACGUGAAGGCCAAGUGCGUCUACGCGAAGGUGUUGGCCGAUUCUCCUGGCCAGAUGGACGCUCCUUUUUUGGACAAUGGCCCGCGAGCAAUCCAGAGGUGCGGCAUGGCUCGUCGAGAAGAGAGCUUAGAAUCCAUGCUCUACUGCGGUUAUAUGAUGUCCACGAGGGCCACCACAAAGCGUGCAGUGGGCAACGUGGUGCGGCAGUUCAUGACGCUCUACGGGAGCUGUGACCUUGGACUCAGGGGCGAGGAGAUCGGUGUGAUUUCGCCCUAUGCCGCGCAGGAGCGCGCAGAAAUUGUUUCUGCAUCCAUGUCGAGCUUGCAUGGCGUGGUGACAGCGAUGCUGAUUCUUGAGAUUGCUGCUUCUCAAGAGGCAUGCAGGAUCGGAAGCCCUGGCAGAGAGUCUGUGUCAGUUGGCAUUGUGGGCGCAGGGCUCGUUGGACAAGAAGUCUUGAGGCAGGUCCGUGCUCUCAGCGGCACUGAACGUGCAGGCGAUUGGAGCACCGUGGCCGUUCUGCGCUCUCAGCGCAUGUGGCUUCGCAACAUACAGGAGGCAAGUGAUGACUUCAUGAGCAUGCCUGGCGAGCCGACCAAUUUCACAAAGUUUAGUGACUUCAUGAGCGCUCGUCCAGGUCUGCGGGUGAUCAUGGACUGCACCCCCUCAGAAGAGCCAGCUGACCUCUACGAAAAAUGGCUUGCCGCAGGCAUCAACGUGGUCACUGCCAAUAAGAAAGCCGGAAGUGGCAGCCUGAAGAGAUACAAAGCGAUCACGGAGGCUGCACGGAUGGGGCAGAGCCAGUUUCUCUACGAGGCCACGGUCGGAGCUGGGUUGCCGGUGCUGACGACUUUGCAAGACAUGGUUCGAAGCGGAGAUGAUGUUCAUGUAGUUGAAGGUGUUUUCAGCGGGACGUUAUCCUUCAUCUUCAACCACAUCGAGCUUGGCGCCACCUUUUCGGAAGCUGUGUGGGAGGCUGCACGGCUAGGCUUUUUGGAGCCGGACCCUCGCGACGACUUGAGUGGUGGCGAUGUCCAGCGCAAAGUUGUCAUCCUGGCAAGAGAGUUGGGUCUUGAAUUGGAGCUCGAAGAUGUCGCUCCGGAGUCCUUGGUGCCUGACACGCUGCAGAUCUGGAACCCACCAAACACAGACACACGCAGCACAGUCUCGGACUUCGUGAGCCAUUUGCGUGAGUUCGAUGAUGACAUGGCAGAGAGGGUUGCCCAGGCACGUGUUCAGAACAAAGUCCUGCGCUAUGUGGGCGCCAUUAAUGCUUCCAGCCGGACAGCCAGAAUCUCCCUGGUGUCGGUGCUUCGGGACCACCCCUUAGCAGCUCUCCGUCAUGCCGAUAACAUGGUGGCCAUCUCGUCGGCGCGCUUCACCCCACGGCCUCUGGUGGUUCAGGGUCCCGGAGCUGGUGCUGCGGUGACUGCCUUUGGAAUGCUAUCGGAUAUGUUCCGACUCAAGCGAUCCGGGUCUGCGUCGCGAUGCCCUGCACAAGAAAAGGUCCAAGUCUCUUCAGUGGAUGCCUUCCAGGGAUGCCAGAAGGACAUCAUCAUCCUCAGCCUCGUCCGGGCCAAUCCACGUGGUGAUGUUGGGUUUGUGUCGGACUGGCGUCGGCUGAACGUUGCCUUCACGCGGUCGAGGAAGCUUUGUCUCAUCCUGGCACAUUUGCCCACAUGGCUGAGUACAGAGAGUGCUCUCUUGAGGGACUGGAUCGGCUUUCACCCGGCCGAUGUCGCAGAGGUCAAGUCAUUUCAGAAGAGCGGCCGCUCUGUUGGUCUAGGAGCUCUGCCUUCCGAUCUGGAGACCCAGGUCGACAUGUUGAGGGAGGAGUUUGCCAAAAAUCGUCCAGCAGCAGCCAAGCUUCCGCGAGUGUCAGUGGCUGCAAAGGGAGGUGGCACGGAUGCAGCCACAGUGAAGAGAAAGAAUCUGGAAGCCGGGCGAGCGCUGUCAGAAGCGAUCAGCAAAGUUGAUGAAAGCCUCCUCGAGGCAGCCCUCAACAAGGCCAUUGAUGCUGGCAUCCAGAACAGCACCGUAGAAGAAGCGGAGGUGGCUGCUAGCGGGGAUGACGAGUCAGUUCUGCAGGCCGCCAUCUUCUUGGCGAGACAAUCUGGAGUAAGCGAGACUGACAUAUCGCAGGCAGAGGAAAGCUUCAACUUGAACCUCAAGGCCGCCCUGGAAGAGCGCCUUAGCGUAGAGCGCAAAGAGAAAGCCCGGACCUCGGCAGUGAUCGCGCUCGGCUUCGACCUGCGCAACUGGGUGCCGCUGGAACCACACGACCUCCCUUGCUAUGGGUGGGCGAAACAUCACUGCUGGAAUCUCUGCACUUCGAAUGCCCACUUGUUGGUGCUGAUGUGCUGCGGCCCCAAGGCUUUGAAAAGCGCCAUUGCACAAGCUCGUGCUUCGGCCGCAUCAGGUGCAGAGGAGGCUGCUGAACAAGACCUGCAGGCUGCCGAGGCUGCGCUCACGAGGCUGUUGCAGGAAGAAGCUGCGAGGACAGCGAAAGCUCCUGUGCCAAUCGAGCCGGAGCCAGCAGCCUACGAAGAGCCGAUGGAGCCCAAGGAGGAAAAAGUGGAACCGAUGGAAACGGAAAAAGAUGUCCCGGUAGCAGUGAAGCGCGAAGCGCCACCAGCUGCCAAAGCGGAGGAUCUGCCGACAGGAAAACCUGUUCCCAAGGUGCCCGGCAUCAAGCGCAUGCAGCUUAGAGUGCUUGACAAAGUUGGCUGUGGCAUGACAUUGCAGACGACGAAGUGGGGCAUGGUCGUCGAGGAGCACGCGCAAGUGGGUGACUGCAUUGUUGAGGUAGACAAGCUUUCCCUCGUGGGGCUCCCAGAGGAUGUCUGCGAGGACACCUUCGGCACAGCAUUUCGGCACGGUGUUUGGCUUUCUGCUGUCUCCGGUGUUGAGGCCGGCAUUAAUCGGGAAGACCUUGAUGCGGCAGAGUAUGCUUAUGACAAGUACUUCAGCAUGUAUGCGCUGGCAGAGGCCCACGAUGAAGUAUCUUUGCGUGUGGCCAUCAUGGAGGCACGAGCUGCUGGUGUUGAAGGGGCUUUAAUCUCAGAGGCGGACAUGCGUUUGAGGACUCUUGCUGCAGAAAGGGAACUCGCAGAUGCCGGCGCCGGGGCACUGAAAGCGGGGGAGCUGCAGGUGCUGCAGACUUUGUCCUCGCUGGCAAUCGACGGCUUGCGGGCUUCUUCAAACGGUGCGCAAAAGAGCAUUUGUUCUCUGCUAUGUGCCGAUGCCCGACCACUGCAUGUGCCAGAUCCAAAUCGGACCGUCGUCAACUUCUGCCAUGCUCUGCUUGUGAUCGCAAUUGCACCAGUUCGUGGACAUUCGCAAAUCCUGUCGACUGCGGCUUCGGCCUGCGUGGCAAAUCUGUUCGAAAUCUUGAAUGUGCAAAGCUGGGCAGGCGGCUCUGAGAUGGGCGCGCCAUUGGUUCGGAGGAUUUCUGGCCUACUGCUGCAGACCUGCGUCUGUUCCGCUACGCUUCAACACUGGCGCGGCUGCGCACUUGCUGCCGCCGGCUGCUGGGGCAGCGGCGGCACACCUCCGGAGAAGCUGCAGAACCUGGUUGGUGCGGCAGCUGCACUUCUGCGGCUCGCCCUUCAGGAGGCCGCGUUCGAGGUAGCGGCCGAACUCCUAGAAGCGCUGCUCUCCGUCCCGCGCUUGGGAGCACCGCUGGCGAGAUGCCUUCCCAGGGCCGAGGAGCAAGCAUGGUCUUCAGCUUUGCUUCGACUUCUGUCCCGGUUCAAGAAUCAUCGCGGAAAUGAGCGCCAAGGUUCUGCCAAAGCAAUGGAGCAGGAGUAUGCGAUGUCAUAUGCUGCAGGCAAUCUCUUCGAGCUGCAUGCAGCCUUGACGUUACCGUUGCCAGAACUUCUCAGGGUCCAAGCAUACCUGCUGGAGAGAGCGGUCGAGGUCUCAAUGCUUGCCGGAGCACCAGCACUAGCCCAAGACGAGCCGGUGACCGUCAAGGAGCUGCGACGACAGCUGCAGCAUGUGGCUGAGCCUGGGGCCAUAGCCCAGUGGUGGAGCCGAGUUCUCAUGCUGAAGUAUGUGCCAAAGGAGGCCUUUUUGGGACCUGUGCGACUCCGUGGGUACCAACGGCACUGCCUGGCCGUAGCACAUCACAAAGUGUGCCCGCUGGCGGUGGACAGCCUUGCACACCUUUACAGCACCUUGCUGGGCAAAGCUCGUGUAGCCUCGAAGUCGGGGCUAAACUACCAAGUCUUUGAAACGAUUGCCAAUGCCAUUGCCUACAUGGAGGGUGGCGAUGUGACCAAGGCGCUGUGGCGGCGAAUUCAAAGCACUCUGACCGCGGAUGCGGUGCGCCCCGGUCAACUCAGCGAACAUCUGGGUCCCAAUGUCUUCCACCUCAUUCACCUACACGCCGUGCUGUUGUCGCAGAGUCUGGGCAUCAUGACCUACGACGAGCUUCGAAGUCCAGACUCUCCACUUUGUAAGCAUGACAUCGGCAUGUACGUGAGCAAGGUGACAUCGGUCACCUCUUGGCUCGCAUGGAGCGGUGCCGAGGCAUCAGGGGCCGCAGGCCUUCCGAUUCGCGAGGAGCUACUGGAGGCCGCCGGAUGCGUCCUGGGACAGCUCUGGGCGCUGUGCCGUCGUGGGGAGAAGCCGCUUCCUGCGAGCUGCUGGCAUGCUCCAGACCCGGUCACGGAGGGCUUCAAGGCGGUUGUCAAGGAGAUCACAGACUCAAUUCAGCUCGCUCAGCCCGUUCAGCUGCCUGUCGGUGCUGAGCGCCUUCUCCGCCACCUACCACAGGCCAUACCGUUCGAGCUCCGUGUCGCACUCCUCCGUGCCCGAGUCCAGAUGGCUCGUGAGGCUGGGCUGGGCCGGCCCGUGGUGAAGCUGACGGUCCGCCGCACCCACCUCUUUGAGGACGGCCUCACGUCCUUGAUGCUGAAGGAGGCUGACUGGCGAGCGCGGUUCCAGGUGGUCUUCGUGAGCGCUUCAGGUAGACCGGAGCAGGGGCAGGAUGCCGGCGGCCUCUUCAAGGAGUUCUGGGAGAAGCUUGCGGAGACAGCCUUCAACCCCGAGUAUGGCCUCUUUCGCAUCACGGAUGAGCGGCUCCUGUUCCCCAACCCAGACGCGUGGAAAUACCAUGAAAACGUCGAGACGCUCUUCGAGUUCUUGGGCCUCGUGAUCGGCAAAGCUAUCUUUGAAGGAAUUGUCGUGGAGCCUUCAUUUGCACCUUUCUUCCUUGCCAAGAUUCUUGGCAAACACAACUCGUAUUACGACCUCCAAUCUUUGGACCCGGCACUCUUCGGAAAUCUGCAGCAGCUGAAAGUCUACAGUGGUGAUGUGGCAGAUCUGUGCCUGAACUUUGUUGCCACUGGCAGUGAUGGCGAGGAGAUUCCGUUGCUGCCCGGGGGAAACGGCAAGGAAGUAUCGGUCACAGCCGAGAACAGGGUGCGCUACAUUUACUUGCUCAGCGACUACAAGCUGAAUCGAGAGCUACAGAAUGCAUCCACGGCCUUCUUGAGUGGCUUUCGGCGAUUGAUCGACGAGCGAUGGCUGCGGAUGUUCAGUGAGGAUGAGCUGCAGCAGGCUCUCAACGGAUGUCUCAUGCCUCAGCUGAUCCGCGCACAUGCUGCUGGCCAGGUGAUCAGCGGCUCCAGCAGCGGCUCCCUGAAUGUGGAUGUGGCGGGGCGGCAAAGCUUUCACACUCCCAAAAGCCAUGAAGUUCCAUUAUAG